AUGGGUACCGUGAAGAACAAGGUUUACGAACUUAACAUUGGUCACUGUAGUGUUGUCCAGUGGGAGCAGUACUUUCGCGACGUCUGCGCCGAGUACUACAGAAGGAAGCCUCCAGUUAUUGGUGGGUUCGGAUGUACGGUGGAGAUUGACGAAACGCUGGUGGCUAGAAUCGUGGUCGAUGUGUACGCAGACACCAGUGGUUUUUUGGCGGUAUCGAGAGAGGGAGCGGACGAGCAUUUCUGA